UCACUAUCACUGUUCUGUCUGCCACUGUUCCCUCUUCUCCUCUGCGCUCUCUCUCUCUCUCUCUGUGCUGAAGCAUCUGUGCGCUGAAAUGAGGACUGAAUCGGAGAUGCAGCUGUAGGGUUUCUGCUGUCGAUGGCCAUGCGGGGCGUUGAUUUCAAGUGGUACGAUGGGUUCUUCCUGUCUAUGCUGGCAACAAGCAUAAUAAUUGUUGCUAUCAACUGGAAGAAAUACCGUCUCUGUACAUACCCAUUGCAUAUAUGGAUCGUGGUUGAUUACACAACAGUGUUUGUUUUCCGGUUGUUGAUGUUUGUAGAUAAUGGGCUAGCUGCCGGAAUGGGAUUGGAUUUUGGGGUGCAGCAGAGAUAUGCUCGAUUCUGUGGAAGAAUAGUCGUCCUUUCAAUUCUAUCUCUGCUGCUCUAUCCAUUCCUGUGGGCUUGGACCAUAAUUGGUACCCUGUGGUUCACUCAUUCAAGGGACUGUUUGCCAGAAGAAGGACAGAAAUGGGGUUUCCUUAUUUGGUUGCUUUUCAGUUAUUGUGGUCUCCUUUGCAUCGCUUGCAUGUCUGUGGGAAAGUGGUUGGCACGAAGACAGGCACACAUGUUACGUGCACAACAGGGUAUCCCUAUUUCAGAAUAUGGGGUUUUGGUUGACAUGAUUCGAGUCCCAGACUGGGCAUUUGAAGCGGCCGGUCAAGAGAUGAGAGGCAUGGGGCAAGAUGCUGCCACUUAUCAUCCUGGUCUUUAUCUCACUCCUACCCAGAGAGAAGCUGUGGAGGCCCUGAUUCAAGAACUCCCAAAGUUCAGGCUUAAAGCUGUCCCCAUUGAUUGCAGUGAAUGUCCCAUCUGCCUGGAGGAGUUCCACGUCGGAAAUGAGGGCAUGAUAUCUUAUGAGUCGUGGGCACAGGUCCGUGGGCUACCCUGUGCACACAAUUUCCAUGUGGAGUGCAUCGAUGAGUGGCUUCGCCUGAACGUCAAGUGCCCUAGGUGCCGUUGCUCAGUCUUCCCGAACCUCGACCUGAGUGCCUUAUCUAACCUCCGUCCCGAAUCAGAUCGCUCUCCCACCACAGUGGUGACGACGACCACCACUCAAUACGUCGCGGCCCAGCCGUCAAGCCAGAGCUACUUAUUGAGAUUGCAAGGCCUGCUCUGCCCCAUUCGGACUGAGAAUGCCAGCACAGGGACAGACUCUUCUUUGGAAUUUGCAGAGAACGGAAGCGUGCAUCCAGAUCCAAGUAGCCCCCACCAGCACCACAUGUCAGGUCAACUAUCGUGAACUGCUAGUUGUAUCUUCACUCGACAUGCUGCUGCUGCUGCUGCUGCUUUUGUUGUACAUCUAACCUCAUACUGUGAGAGAUUUGAGAAUUUUUGUGCAUCUGUAGUCAUCGUGCUUCCCCUCCCUGAUGUGCCUGUGGCGCCGUUUGUGUUCUCCACGAUGAAAAGCUACCAGAUGGAUAACCUUGAACAAAAGAACACUAGUGCACAAUUACAUAUUAUCGUUCUCCCAUCUGAUUAAUGAAAUGAGAGACCAAAUAUGGUAUGCUAUUAUUCAUUUGCAUGUGAGCUGGAGGAGCAAAGCACGACAUUUUCAUAUUGGCUUCAAGGUGCAUCAAGUAACUCCUUGAGAUCAUUGUGCAAGAUUGCAUUCACAUGCAGUCACGCUCACAACAAGGUUUAGAGUUGACGCUCUUCUUUUGAGUCGGAUUUUGAUUUUCAUGUCUUUUACAACGGGACUGUUGUCGGAGUAGUGACAGGGACAGAGAGAUCCUUUUCUUGUUGCUUUCGUAGGUAAUAUGAAUAUGUUUGUAACAGAGACAGGUUCUGAUAAGCAAAAGCAGAAGGUGGGAGGCAGGCCCGAGUGGCAUUUUCUGCUUUUUUUUUUC